UAGACUGAACUAAAGUGAUUGUUCUUGGGAAUUUGAAUGCAGUGUCGGGAAUUUUAGAAAUUAAAAAUGUUUCGUGAGAGGACACUAAGAAAAGUCAAAUGUAACAACUUUCUUGACGGGCGGUGAAAUCAAAGACUCGUUCGUGUGGCGAACAAUUCGAAAACGCAUAAGCUGCAAUUAAGGAUCUGUGAAUCAGUUAGCCAGAAAUAAAUUAGUUUUGUCAACAAAGGCACUUUGCCAUCUCAAGAUGGACUUAUUGGUAAGAUGGCUUGGCGUGGUUGCGGUUUACCUGAGUAUUCCGAAACCGGCGGGAGAGCUUUCAAUCCCUCUUUGUGUUAUUACAGCGUUUAUGCUCUUAUAAAAAGUGGGGGUGUUAAAAUAUUUUAAAAUAGUUCCAACUUAGUGUGCCGUUUUCAGUGAGAGGGGGUACGCGGUGAAUUGUUCUUGUAUUUUUUUUAUUUUUUUAUUUUUUUUAUCAUGUUGCACAAGAACUGAAGAAAGAUGUUAUCAAGUUUAAAGUGGCAGAUUGAGAGGAGCCAACUCUUUGAGAAUUCUUAAAAGGCAGGACGGCAUCAGUUUUCUAAUUGCAUUCGUUGUUUAUCUAGAUCGUUAAUGGCGAAAACUUGAGAGGAACCGACCGAGACAAAAUCAUUGAGUAGCUGCGAGCAAUACUCCAUCAAUACCGAAUAAAAACAUCAAAACAGUAGCAAACAUCGCGCUCAUUUGAAAGUCUAAUGAGCUCAGGAAACGCACAGAUACUCGGCGAGCAGCGAUCCUGCGAUUACAUUGAACGGGUCGUCAGCCGGAGCAUUGCUCGUGCCUUGAGGCAGAAUGUUAUUACGGUUUAUCGCAGUGUACUUUUUUCUUUUUAUUCUUCCGCGGGCUGGAGCAAAUUCAUACGAGGAUGUGCACAAUUUACUAACACCGCAAGAGAGGGAGAAGAUUUUCGGUGAACCAUUCCCUCAAGAUGUUCCAGAUUACCACGUGACGCAUCCAGUUCAAGUAGACGAGCAUGCCGCCUUUUUGACACGUGACCUGUCUAAUGGUAAUCAUAGAAGACGCCGCGACGUAGCAAGUGCCAUUAAAGAACCUGUUUUCUUCCACCUGUCUGCGUUUGGUCAGAAUUUUCAUUUAAAUGUUACUCUUAAUGACGAGCUACUCUCACCCAACUUUGUCAUCGAGGUUCGCGGGAAUCAAAGUUCUCGAUUUCACUUCGACGUUGAACACUGUCAUUACACUGGUCACGCGGUAUCGUCAAAAGGACUGGGUACUAAAGUGGCGUUAAGUAAUUGUGAUGGGCUGCAAGGUUUGAUUCGCACUCCAGAAGAUGUAUUCACAAUUCAUCCGCUUCCAGACCGACUAGGAUUGGAAAAGAACAAAACUCGCGCCCACGUGAUUCAUAGAAGAUCUACCACACCCCUAGAGAGUGUCGGGAAGGCGCUUAAAAUAGAGAAAAGAUCAGAGAACUGGUGCGGGGUGGAAGACAAGCCAAGUUCCAGGGUGAAGCGCAUGGUAUUAGAUUUGCCCGCUCCAGUAAAUUACAACAAGGAUUUCACUAUUGAAACGCUUGUUGUUGCUGACAAGACAAUGACUGAUUUCCAUGGAAUUGAGGAACUCAAAGUUUAUGUCCCUAGUCUAGUUAACAUUGUUCACAAUCUUAUAGGCGACAGUUCCAUUGGCGCGAACAUGAAGUAUGUCUUGCACAAGCUACUCAUUCUUGAGCAUGAUCAGGAAGGGCUCACGAUCAGCUCUCAUGCUGGUAACACCAUGGCAAGCUUCUGUGAAUGGACCAAAGGACAGAACGUAGAGGAUGAUAACCACCCUGAUCAUUUUGACCACGCUGCGCUUAUUUCACGUUAUGAUUUCUGUCGAAACGCGGACAACAGACCAGGCCAAAGCUGCGAGAGAGUUUUAGGUCUUGCUCAAGUCCAAGGAAUGUGUAGUCUCACCGGAAGUUGUACUUUGAGCAAAGAUGGGGGCCUGGGAACAGCGUACACCAUGGCACAUGAAACGGGUCACAAUUUGGGAGCACAGCACGACAGCGCAGGCAAUCCGUGUGCUGAUAUAACAAACAUCAUGUCUACACAGGCCAGCGGUAAAGAAACAGCGUUUGAAUGGUCUCACUGUAGCAGAGAAUCAAUUCACACUUUUCUAUCUGGCGAUCAUUCUGCGUGCUUAAAAGAUAAACCUCAAAAGGCUGUGAAAUUACCAGAACGUCUGCCCGGCGAACUCUAUAACGCUGACGAUCAGUGCUCGAGGGCCUAUGGAGAUAAGUCAAGUGUAUGUCCAGCUCCUUUUUUGAAAGAGAAAAUCUGCACGCAACUGUGGUGUAUCAGCCCUGUGACUAGAAUGUGCACCACACAACAUGAACCUGCCGCGGAGGGAACGGAAUGUGGCCAGAAAAUGUGGUGUCGCCGCGGAAAGUGUGUCCCGUUUGGCAGCGAGGGGCCUAAGGCUGUGGACGGCGGUUACGGACCGUGGGAAGAAUGGAGCGAUUGUUCACAUUCGUGCGGCGGGGGACUGAUAACAAGAAAGAGGAAUUGUGAUAAUCCAAAACCCAAAAAUGGUGGGAAGCUAUGCAAGGGACACUCUGCAGAGUUCAAGCACUGUCAGACUGCUAAAUGCCCAGCAGGGACGCCUAGCCCUAGAGCAAGCCAGUGUGAAUCAAAACGACAGAUAAAAUUCAUUGAUGGUAACAAGUAUCAGUGGACUUACAAUCCUGCUGUUCCUGUUAUAGGUGGACAGCAAUGUAAAUUAUCGUGUAUUGCUCAGGUAGGUAUUCGCCAAUUUGCUAAGUAUGGAUUUGGUUUCGUGGAUGACGGGACACCAUGCGAUGAUUACGAUGAAAACAGUGGGAUUUGUAUCAGCGGCAAAUGCCAGCCCUUAGGUUGUGACAAAGUACUUGGUUCCUCAAAAGUGUUUGACCGUUGCGGUGUUUGCGAUGGAGAUGGAACUUCGUGUAUCGGCAAAAGAUUAACAUAUAAAGGCCUUCCCAAUCCUAUGAAGGGACAUUAUCAGCCUAUUGGAGUUAUUCCUGAAGGAGCCAGAAAUGUUCAGAUCAGAGAAUUGAGUGGUUUCAAAAAUUACUUGGCUAUGAUGACUGUCGAAGGCAAAGACUUACUCAACAUGGACUUCCGCAUCAAGCCACGAAUCUUUGCCUUUGUCGGCGCUGGUACGAGAUUUAAAUACACUCGUGAUGAGUUGGACAAGGAGAAAAUUACUACACAAGGACCGCUCACUCAGGACGUGGAGUUACUGUAUUUAGUUCAGUCCUGGAAGGAAGAAUACCAAGUCAGGAUACGAUAUCUUGUCCCACGCUCUAAAGACGACGAGGCCGCGGACGAGAGAAUUGCACGAAGCUUGGGGCAUAGCUUGGGGCACGAGAGAGUCAGUUUCAAGUGGACAAAGCGCUCGUUAGGCUGCUCUGAAAGCUGUGGAGGCGGAACAGAGUUGUUCAAGGCGACUUGUGUCCGCGCUGAUGACGGAUCAAUGGUCAGCGAUCACUAUUGUGGCGGAGAAAGGCCUGGUGACGAGACUUUGGAGUGUAACACCCAAAAAUGUCCAGCGAGGUGGAAAACAGGAGAAUGGACCGACUGCUCAAAGACAUGCAACGACGGCCAUCCAGGGGAGAGGACUCGGCAGGUUAUCUGCGUUGACGAAUCACAUGACAUUGAGACUGAAGAUCAGGAAUCUUACUGCGCAGGACCUAAACCCGUCACACGAGAGGCAUGCGCACUGCAGGCCUGUCCUGCUGAAUGGGUGACAGUGAAAUCAGGCCCGUGCUCCUCAGUUGGUGGCAAAGGAGUGAGAAAGAUUGAAGUGGCCUGCGUGAAGACAACGGAAUCCAACAAGAAAGUCAAAGUGGCAGAUGAAGAGUGCAGCGGACAAAAACCUCCCACUACGGCCUCAUGUGAUAUUAGGAUACCUUUUUAAUGAUGAUUAGAAUCAAAACAGCUGUCAAGCUCGAUAAUACAGAAGCUUUUUUCUAACUACUAUCAAUAGUUUAUCAAAUACCAUAGUAAGCAUUCUCGUUGACUAUUUUUUUUUUUUACUAGCGCUAUUCGUUUCUUAACAGCUACAAAACGUAACUCAAUAGAUAAAACAGCAAAGCAUUUCGAAAGUUGCGUUAAGGUGCACUGAGAAAGCAGUCACAACCAUUUUCGCAAACGGUCGACUGUAACUGGAAAUUAAAGUCAAGCCCAGCUGCUCGGCACGACACAGGCCACUGAUUUAACUUGAUGAAAAAUAUAAACGCGUUCCUUAAUUUCAAUGCAAAGUUAUGAUCAUUCAACAAAAGCACGCACCCUUUGUCUCGCUGCGUCUCUCACUGAUGGUAUUAGCAAUUCAGCUAGUUCUGGGAGUUUAAGAUCUAACACCCAAGACUGUGAAGGAAUUUUACCUAAUAAAGGAUGAUCGCGUCA